UAAACUACAGUACAGUAUUUUACUGAUUUUUAGAGCAAUUCAUUUAAAACUAGUAAUAUAUAUAAUAUAAACCAGAGGGUCCAGGUUCAAGGAUAAUUAUUGUAGUCUGUUUUGAACUGUUCUGUUCUGAAUCACUUAAAGCUAGCUUAAAGGUGUUUCCUAUUUUGAAGAGAAAUUUUGAACUGGAACUGGUCGAACUCGUAGACUCAGAAGUGUCGCUAUCAUACUGAUUUUGUAGAACAACUAAGUUUGGUUUUCUUUUUAAACGCUUAUCAUCAAGUACAAGCUGCGACCGUGCUGACUAUCAGGAAUACAAUUACUCUCAAAAGACGCAUUGAGGACAAAUCUGGUUCUUCCAAUAUUGGCUAGUUUGAGGUUGUUUUUCCUAGUCUUGAACAUUUUCGCUUUUACUUCUGCUGUUAUAUUUUAAUAUUUUGAGUAAUAUAUCAUCUCUUCUAUUCAUUUUAUAAAAAAUAAAAACUAUAAAUUAUAAAGUAACGGCUUAUAUACACCUACCUCGCUCCUUUUGAAUAAUCAUGUCGAGGUGACGGUUCAAAAAGGACCUAGCGUUUUCAAAAAUAUUAAAUUCAUAAAGUAGCAUAAACAGAAUAGCUAAUAAACAGGAAAUCAAUUGCCUUAGGACGAAAUUGAUUUAUUUAACAUUAAUACCUACGUAAUAGUAGUAAUAUAAUACCUAAAAACAUACCUAACAUAAUAUUUUUAUAAUCACAAUAAUUAUAAUCCCUUGCACAAAAAAAAAAUGCUAAAGUGGUGUAAUUCAAAACAUGACUUUAUCACUGAACCUAUGUUUAAAUAUGUAUUAAUGUAAGAAUAUAAGCAAAACUAGUGUAAGUCUGAAUAAGGCCCUUUUGGUUUGAAGUGAUAAUAAUAGGAAGUAGUUGUUAUUAUUCAAAAUAAACUAUUUUAAAUAGCGUACUUUAUAUUAAAUAACUUAAUGCAAAAUGAACACAUUGUCUCAUAAGGUUAUUUUAUUAAAAACAUUAAAGCUUAUUUAAAAUGCAAAAUCAGUGAGUGUCUUUUUUAUAUAUUAAAAUAUGAAGGGUUACGGUUGUAUUUUUGCAAUAAAAACAUUUUUGUUUUUUUUUUUAUUUGUGGCACUUUUGAAUUCAAGCAGCGACAUGUAUUCACAAUCAAUACUAUGAGGAUGCACAGCGCGCAGUACGCGCGAACGAAUAGUGUCUGCAGUUUCAUAGUUCUGUUCAGAUUUGUUUAUCUAACAGCCCAUUAAAGUAAAGUUGUAUCUAAAUUUUAGCCAAUCACAGCGCCCUUUGCCUGCCUUGUCAUGCCGAAACCAUUGAAAAACAUUUAUUAAUAAAGCAUUGCUCCGUAGCAAGAACAUUUGUGAAUAUGGACCUAAGGUUUGUGCCAAACGAUAAGUCUGCUUCACCAUUUAUGCAGACCCCUACAGAAAUAUUGUGUUUGAAAUUUUUUUUAACAUCUAAAUUAAUAGUUAUAAGUUUUAAUAAGAUGAUAUCACGAUAUCACAAACCACGGUUUAGGAAAAACCACAACAUGCUGAUAAAAAUGCAUUGUGUGUGUGUUUAAGGUUAAAAUAAGCCCGUAGUUGUGAAAUAUCUAACGAGUACGGAUAUGUCCUUGUUUAUCGAGUUAUAACAUUUAGUUACAAAUAUUUUUGUUGUAUGUCGUGUUCUGUUGUGUAUUAUAUUGUUAUAUGGGUUCUUUAAGAGUCAUUCAUCAGUAUGCAUUUAUAUUUAAAUGUGACCAGUGAGAUUAAAAAUUGUUUGACUAUAAUGAAAGAGUUCACAGUGCGCCCAUGCCAUAAGGUCGCACCGUUCCGCAUGAUCUUAUGUCAUGAUUUUUACACACAAAGAUACUCGCGCCAUUUUUGUCUUGCUUUUAAAACUUUAUAAACCUACAAAAAUCAUAAAAAACGUGUCUUAAAAAAGGCUGGCCCAUGAAGAAGAAAAUAAUACAAAAGGUUUGCAACUCCUGUCGAAUGGUACGUACCGCGGAAAGCGACUGACUCGAGCAGUCGUUGCAAAAUGGCGCCGCGUGUGCAUCCAGCGCUGCUGCUGCUGCUGUUCUGUGUGAGCAAUGCUCGUUGCGAGUGCGACAACACGACGCUGCUGUCACUGCAGAUCGACGCGCUGCUCGCCGUGUAUGACCGAGAGACGCCGCCCGCCGCGCGCCACCAAAUCAACGCCUCCAUGGACGUGCGCCACGCCACCAUCAACGAGAUCGACUCCACUGCCAGGAUGCUUGCCGACUUGAAGCUGAGUUGGAACGACCCCCGCCUGUCAUGGAACGCAACAGAAUGGGAUUGCAGUGGGUGGAUGGUGCCGGCGGAGCGGCUGUGGCUGCCCGACGUGGUGGUGAUGAACGCGGCCGCCACCAGCGCCGGGGACGUGUCGCUCCGCGCGCGGCUCGAUAGCGACGGCACCGUGCUCUGGAUCAAGCGGCUCGACCUCACCGCGCCCGUGCAGCUACAACUUCGCGACUGGCCGCGGGAUGUGCAGGACGUCACCUUCAAGUUUGGCUCCAGGAUGCAUAGCGUGCAGGAACUUGACAUUGUUGUCAUUGAUGUUAAGAACUCUUUGGUUUUCGAGGCCGGUGCCUGGGAGAUGCUGUCGAUGAGCAGCGAGAGCACGCUGUGGAACCGCGAGGGCAUGGAUUUGCGCGUGGUCACGUGGACGGUACACGUGCGGCGGCGCGCACCCGCGCAUGCGCUCGCCACCGGGGUCGUGCUCAUAGCUGCACUGAUCAUGCUCGCCGGCGCUACCGCCCUGCCGCCCCUGCAGCGGCCACCGCUCGCCGCAGCUGCAGCGCUACUCACUGUUGUCUGGUUGGUGUGGUGGGGCAGUCGUGGCAUGGCAGCGGGCUCGUGUCCGGCGGCGGCCGUGGCGAUGUGCAGCGCGUGCGUGCUGGCGGCGCUGCUGGGCGCGUGCGCGGCGCUGGUGGGGCGCGUGGCGAGCUGCACGACCGCGCCGCCGCGGCUGUUGCGCGCGUUGCUCUCCCGCGUCUCUGGACUGUGCGAUCUCACGCCGCACUCGGACACGCUGUCGAGCGAGCAGAGCGCGGCGUGGGCGGCGUCGGCGCGGCUGCUGGACCGCACGCUGCUCGUUCUCUUCCACCUCACCGGCUUCAUCAUCGCCGUAGUCUAUUUUUAGUCUGCAAACACUUCACCUAAAGGCUACUAGACCAAAUGGAUAUGAAAUUACCUAACAGCUGAUGUGAGGUGUCACGGUUAUGAUACGAUAGAGUGUAGUCUAAGUCUCCUGGGUAGCGUUUAUACACAGACUCUUACCAACGAGCGCGCGUGCUGCUCGUUUCGUCAUUGAGUUGCACAUAAAGGUCAUUUUUAUUAAAAUUUUGCAUGCAAUUUUCCUCUUAGUUGUUGAAAUAUAGAUAUAUAUUAGUGUACAUAUAUUUACACAAGACCUUAAAGAAUGUACCUACAGACGACUAUUUUUAUUACUUUGUAAAUGUAGAGACGAGGGGGAAUUCCUUGUUCCGUCUUUUGUACUACGUAUUAUUGGAAUUAAUUAUAUUGUUUAACACCUCGCAUACAUUUGUGGUGCAUUACACCUGGAUUUCCCAAUCGUAAAAUUAUUGUUAACUUUAAUGACAAAAUAAUGAAUAAUGGUUAUUUACAUUUUUGUCCCUAAAGGAUAACUAGUAUUCAAUAUUUUGUCUGUAGUUAAUAUUAUGCUUGAAGGCUUAUACAGAUUAAUGUUCUAAAAGUCUCGCCUAGCUUGACUUAUUUUUAUAGAAUAGAGAGGGAGUGAGCAAGCGUAUCAUUUGAUAGUAAGUGUUAAUAAAAAUCCAAAAUACCAGAGAAAUCUGCGGUGUGUUGCCGACCUUAAAGAACUUUCUAGAUGAUCUGGGUUUUUUAAUGGUACUAAGUCGUAAUAACUCAAUAUACUAAAAAAUACGCGCCAUUGUUUAUAUCUACAGUUGCAACUCGCAUUCUACAUAAUGGAUUGCCUUUAUUUGUAGUCUGGCCAGUAUUUUCAUAUUAAGACCUAGUCGACGGGUUUUUUUUAUAAAUAACCUUCCUUGUAUUAAGCAAUUAGUUUAAAAAUUAUAGCAUUGGUAGUUUGAAAAUAUAAAUAAAGAAUUAGGUGUGAAC